AUGACGUUACGCGAGAUUGACGAGGCGUCUAGAGAUGAUCAGAAAAAUUCUCAGGUCAGACGCAGCGUCAUGGAUAUGAACUUGAACAUUGGCGAGGAAUUCGUCAAAAUCAAAAAUAAGUUCGCUGUGGUCGGGAAUACUGUAGUGCGUGGGACGCGAAUCUUGAUGCCCGAGAAAUUACGACAAAGGCCAUUGGAGUUAGCACACGAGAGUCAGCAGGGGAUAGUUAAGACUAAGUCACGACUCCGAGAGAAAGUGUGGUGGCCUGGGAUUGAUAAAGACAUAGAACUGUAUGUGAAGUCAUGUCACAUGUGUCAGGUUAUGGGUACAAGUUCUAGGCCAGACCCACUGUACAGGACACCGUUACCACAAGGGCCGUGGGAGGAACUUGCGAUAGACCUGUGUGGACCGUUUCCAUCAGGUGACCACAUAGCGACGGGAUUGGAAAAGGAGAUAUAUGCUUUUCUCAUGGCAUAUCGAAGCACUCCUCAUUCCGUCACUGGAGAAAGUCCGGCCAAAAUGAUGUUUGGACGCGAAAUCAGGACAAAGAUUCCAGAGUAUUCUAUGGAAAAAACAGUAUCACCAGGACCGGAGUUCGGACGUGACUACAGGAUUUCUGCGCAAAAUCAUGAUCGCGAUUGGAAAGAGAAAGUGAAGAAGAUGGUCAGGAUUAUUACACAAUGGGCGCUUGGUGGUGGUACCAGUGAGGAAGAUGGUCAGCUUGGUGGUGGUAUCAGUGAGGAAGAUGGUCAGGAUUAUUACACAAUGGGCUCUUAG